GUUAAAAGGAUUACCUCUGGCUGUCAGGAUGAUUGGUUGUCUCUUGUGCUUGAACUUCAAUCUAAAUGACUGGAAUAUGAUCUUGAAUGCUGAUGUUUGGAAAUAUAAAUCUGAAGACUUGUAUGGCAUCCCUGCUGCUUUGUGGUUAAGCUAUCAACACUUGCCGCCUCACAUCAAGCAGUGUUUCGGAUACUGCUCUAUUUUCCCUAGAGAUCACAAGUUCGACAAACAAAGCACGGUACAUAUGUGGAUUGCUCAGGGCCUUAUUCAACCUCAGCAAGGGAAAGAAAUGGAGGAUUUGGGGAAUGAGUACUUCGAUUAUCUUUUGAACAGGUCCUUCUUUCAGAGCUCAGGCUUUGGAGACAAGUCUGUCGAGUAUGAGCUACUAAUGUUUUCAAGGACGGAAUUCAGUGUUGAUUAUACAAGGCCAAAAUCCUCAGACACCUCCGAAGAGUACAUAAUGCAUGGAUUAAUUCGUGACUUAGCUUUGUCCAUCACUGCAUAUGAAUCACUUUACCUAUCACCUGUAACCAGGAAUAUGAAGAAGAAUGUGCGUCAUUUAUCACUUCAGUCUGAUAAGAAUACCAUUGCUGAAGUUCGGGACUUGGGCAUGCUGUAUAACCUGCGGACACUACUGUUAUACAGAACAAAGAAUUCCAGUUUUGAUUAUGAUGCAUUGUUCAUGAACUUGAAAUGCAUCCGAGUGCUGUGUUUGAGUGACAUUGGAUUGAAAAACUUACCAAACUCAAUUGGCAAUUUGAAACAGCUCAGAUGCCUGGAUCUUACAAAGACAUCAGUUGACACGGUUCCGCAAGUUCUGUGUAGCUUGCGCAAUUUACAAACUUUGAAGCUGAGCAUCUCUUCAUCUUUUCUGCAGUCCUUACCUCGCAAUAUGUCAAAUUUGAUUAAUUUGCGGCACUUGAAGGUAAAUGGAAGUGAUGAGAUGUAUAAGAUUGGAAAACUCACAUCAUUGCAAGAGCUGGAGAAAUUCACCGUACUAAAUAAAGAUGGGCACAGGAUAGAAGAGCUCAAGAACAUGAAACAGCUCCGGGGGAAGCUUUCCAUUUCUCAACUUGAAAAUGUGCACACCAAGGAUGAAGCCCUGGAGGCCAAGUUGAAUGAAAAAGAGCACAUUGAAAAGCUAAAUCUAGAAUGGUCCUGGGACUACUCAUGGGAUGGAAGUGUUAUAGAAUCAAAUCUUGCAGCUCUUGAAGGUCUAAGACCACAUGCAAACCUAAAAGAUCUCAUUAUUCGGAACAACUGUGGAGCAAAGAUUCCAACUUGGUUGGAAGAUGGUUCACUUUCAAGCCUUGAAACUUUAGAAAUCCUUGAUUGUCGAAAAUGGGAUCUUUCACUUCUUGGGCAGUUCAAGGGCUUAAAGAUACUUAGAUUGGAUGGAUUGCUCCAGACGCAGCCUGUUGAUCUGCAGCAUAACAGAGAUUAUGACCAGCUUUUUCCUUGUCUUUGCAUAAUAGACAUGAGAAGAUGCUCUAGCUUUAUUGAAGUACCUCUAACGCUAGAAGCAAUGCGACUGCACAUGGUGAGGCUUCCGACGCUUCCCAGACUACAUGAAAGCAGAAGCUCAACAUCAAGUUCUUCACUUGCAUCGCUGCAAAUAUCUGACUGUCAAAGAUUGACAACUCUACAAGUGGGACUGCUAGCACACCAAUCCCAGGGCCAACUCCAAGCUCUCCAUAACUUAGUUAUCCAAGCUUGUACUGAACUUGUUCACUUGCCAGAUCACGGUUUCUCUGCACUUGUGUCUUUGAAGACCUUACGUAUUGAAAAUUGCCCAAAACUCAGGCACAAGCCAGUUGAUAACAGUAGUGCUACUCUCCCUUCAUCUCUAAUUGAUUUCAAAGUCAUUAGAUGUGCAGCUCUGACCAGCGAUUCAUUCUUCAUUGAUAUGGGAAGGCUGCAUUCCCUGAGGUCCAUGGUGAUUAAAGGUGAGCCAGCAGUUGACGAAGAUCAUCCUAGUGAACACCUUCCUGUCUUUACAUCACUCCCUUGGGGUCUUCUGCAACACUUUAAGUCACUCAAAGAACUGCAAAUUGUGGACUGUGAAUGGUUAAUAAUGCUUGGACUCCCAGUUCUUGUGUCACUCAAACGCUUAAAGAUUGCAAGCUGCCCGAGGUUGGCUGCUUGUUCAUCGCCUUCAGAUAAAUCUCCAAUGCUUCUUGAAUAUCUAGAGAUUAAAGAGAGCUCCUUGCAUAUACUCAAUGGCGAGCUACUACAGAGUCUCAUCAAUCUGCGGGAGUUAAAAAUAAUGGAGUGUGACGAACUAGAGAACUUUCCGAAUGAGAUGGAAGAGGGGCUUCCUUGCCUUGUCUCCCUCAAACGGCUAUUCAUACACCAAUGCAGCAGACUCCAAUCUUUGCCUUGUGAGCUUGCAACCAUACCUUCUCUUGAAGAAGUAUGCAUAACAGAAUGCGGCUCCAUUCGAUCCAUACCCGAGAAAGGCCUUCCAGCCUCCCUGUUCAUGUUGGUUAUCAGAAACUGCCGUUAUUUGAAGCAGAGAUGCAAAAAGGAUGGUGAAGAUUGGUCCAAGAUUUCUCAUGUCUUCUACAUCGAGAUCGACAACCAGAAUGUUAAGGAGGAGGCAUUAUCAGAGACGGGUUCCUCUGAAGAAUACAUCUCUGUGUCAACAAUUUCAGAUUGGGACUUUCCCUAGAUUUUGCAAAAGUUAUAUACAUGAUAAUGCUCACAACUACCCUUGUAAAGUCAUGCUACAUAUGAAUUUGAUCAAAAUCAUUUGACAAUAUUGUUCUACUGUGUUUAAAUUGUUUUGGUGGGAAGACAUUCUCCCGCUUCUACAAUGGAUUGUAUGAACAUGAUUCCAAGUAUCACAAUAUUCAACUAGUCAAGAUAACAGGCAACCAAAAAGCAAGAUUUUAUAAUUGAAACGAAACCUUUUAGUGCUGAAAGGCUAUAUACUAGUGUCUAGUUGAGUUCAGGAAAGACCAAACUAAAUAGAGAUUACUAAACAGUUAUAGAAACGGCAUUCAUGAUCAAAGCAUUGUCAAUGGUAAAAAUUUUGACAAUAAAUUAGUUUGAGUUGAAUCUUAAGAGAUCAAUAACCAUAAGCAUCAGGAUAUAAUAUUUUAACAAAUCAACAGGAAAGCAGUUUGAGAUAAUAUUGUGCCUUAGUUGCUAUAGUGCCCAUGAUAUUCAGAUAAAAAAUCAUGUGUUUAUGAGAUGUAAUUUCAAGGCAUAAUAAAGCAGCGGUAGUUGCACAUGUAUUUUUAAAUGGAGAUGGCCAAGCAAACAGCAGCAGUAUUGAUUUUAGAAAUCAAUGAGCAGAAAGCUAACUGAAAUUUGAGUUUAAACUGACAAUAGUAAUAUAAAAUCAUGAAAGAUUUAAGCUAAUGUGAAGAUAACCAAUUUUAUAUUAUAGCUGCAGUUACAAUGAAAGGCAUAAAAACAAUAUAAUGGCUGAGCUAUCAUAUCAAAAAUAACAAGAGCGAGGUGGUGGCCAAUUCCCACCACUGACCAAUGGCUGCAAAUACUGAAUGAAACUGUAAAACAGUGCGCAUUAGUGGAUUUAUUGCCAAAUCAUUGGAAUGUAAAUGAUAAGUUUUAACCAGAUUCAAUAAGCAUCAAACAGGAAGCAGUGUUUUCACAGAGGUUUAAAGAUGGAAAUCAGGAUUAUAGAGACUGAUCAAUGUGAAAGCAUCAAUAAUAGUAAAUCGCAGAUGUUAGAGUCUCCCUAAUAAUAUCUUCAGCCUAUAUCACAAGACACGGCAUAAUAACUAACAUUACAAAGCCUUCUACUCAAUAAAAUUCAAUCAAAAUCUAUAAAUAGAGAAAUAUAAUGCAUCACAAAUACCACAUGCGUGAUUAAUUUUCAUUAACAACCAGCUGAUGAAAACUGUUUCAACGGCUUCCCUCCGCAAGCUAUUCGGUGUCUCUUCCAGCCCUCAGUCAUUAAGGGUUGUAGAAGAUAUUUGGAAUGAAGAAGAAGAAGACGACUCACAGCAGAUGACCGAGACAAAGAUAGGCUUGCUUUCAACUUCUUGGGCCAAGAAGCUCACUCUAAUAUGCUAUUUGAUUCUUCAGCUCGCUAUGCUUCCCAUUCUCCCGCAAGUUCUACAAAUGUCAGCAUGUCUGCAUGCCUCAGCUUUGGCAACUUGGCUGAUGGCACUUGUCGCAAACCCAGAUGGUACCAAUGGGGCUUCACAGUUCCCCAUUAAUUGGCUGAGGUAUAUAAAUAGAGAAAUUGAACUGUGGCUCAUCCUCAACUUCAGCUAAACUGGAUUGAAAUGCCCAAGUCUCAAGGUACUUUUAGUAGUUGCACACGAAAAAGAAUAAAAU